AUGAAACUCUGGAUAUAUAUAACAAUCACUGGAUUUUCAAGCACAAUUUACUUUCCAGGUAUCCCCGCCAUUAACGAAGAGUUAAACGCUCCUCCUCUUGCCACAACAUUGGCAGCUUCAAUUUUCGUUUUGUUUUUGGGUUUCGCACCAAUAAUAUGGAGCGCAAUAUCCGAUUUUUACGAAAUACGUCGCUUCCUUAUAAUGUUUUCAAUGGUUCUCUUCGCUUGCUCGUCACUUGGAGCUGCCCUUGUUAAUAACAUCUGGGCCUUGGUCGCACUUCGAUGCGGCCAGGCUAUCGGUGCUGCAUCUGCAGGUCCUGUUGGCGGCGGUAUCCUUACCGACUUGUAUACUGUCGAAGAACGCGGUACUGCGUUUGGAAAGCUAUUUCUUGGAAUGUUCCUUGGUCCCAUCGUCGGUCCUACUAUUGGCGGAUUUUUGACUAUCAGCAAUAGCACUUGGCGCGCCGCUUUCUGGUUCUGCUUUGCUUUUGGUGCCUUUGUCGUUAUCGUUGCAUUCAUUUUCUUGCCAGAAACAUUUCGUGACAGCGAAAAGUUUAGUGUGGAGGAAAAGCUCCCUACAACAGCAAUAACAUCAUCAACUAUAAUAGCACCAGAGACGUCAUCGGUGGACACAGCAACUGCGGGUAUCGACAAAGUUAUAGCCCACCAUGAAGAAAACCAAGCAAGGAAGAAGAAAAAGGUGGUUAACCCGCUCCGUCCAUUUUUACUGUUAUUCUACCCGAACAUUUUGUUGACCUCUCUGGCCAGCGGCAUCGCAUUCGCGAGUAUGUUUACACUCGAUACUCUUCUUUCCCCAAUUUUUGAGCAAAAGUAUCAGUUUAACGCUUGGCAAGUAGGCUUAAGCUAUCUAGGUGCAGGUUGCGGUCACUUACUUGGUACCUUUACCAAUGGUCAACUUUCGGAUCGUUUGCUAAUGUCGUCACGAGCCAAACGUGGUGGACGACACAAAGUGGAAGAUCGCAUCACAAUUAAUUUGUGGCCGUGUUUCUUAAUAUUUAUGCCUGGCGGAGUACUACUGUUCGGUUGGAGCAUCAAUAAUAAUCUCACCUACUGGGCACCCAUCAUUGGUUAUGGCAUCCAGUGUUUCGGUGUAAGCCAAAUCAUGUCCGCUUUAGGUGCCUAUUGGUCUGAUGCGAUACAUCCUAGCCAGGCGGCUUCAGUCAAUGCAGCAGGCAUCUUUUGCUCGAUGGUACUUGGCUGCUGUUUAAGCCUUACUGCUCCUCCAAUGGUUGAAAAAAUUGGUAUUGGGUACUACUCAGUUUUCCUCGCCGGACUUAGUUGGCUCUCGGCUGGCCUCUUACUUAUAGUCAAGCUGAACGGGCAAAGAAUCCGUCGUCAUCUCGGUUAUGAACAAGAUACAGAACGAAAUGAUUGAAUACUCUUUUUAUAUACAACUAUGUCCUUUAUAUCCGAAUUACUCACUGAGAAAGUGAAACCCUUACUUGAAUAUGUACUCUAUUUUACACGUUGUUGUUGUAUGCGACUUUAUCUUGUGUGCAUCACUCUCAUAUGGGGCUUUGUUUGGCAUAGCUCGCUUACACAUAGAAAAAGUAAAAAUGCGGAUACAAUGGUAAUAAAUGCAGGUGUGGCUUCUUGGAAAAAUGAUCUUAUACAUGCACCUCUACC